UCGAUAGAGACUGUAAGAUACACUGUACUAGAUAAAUCUUAACUAUACUUUAAAAGGCAACAGGAUUAAAAUCAAGUUUUCAAAUAUGUCAAUGAAAAAGAUUUGUCCCAUACUUUUGCAAUUGCUGACUUUGUUUUGUUGUCAAGUUAAAAGUGGCGGGGCACAUUGUCGCAAUCCAUCUUCCGUUCGUAAGCUUGAGCGCGGCCUAAGCCUAUACAAAUUAAAAGACUUGCCGGAAAGUUUUUAUCUAAUGGAUAAACUGCGCAGCAAAGUGACUGUUCCUCCUCAAUACAAGGACAGUGUCUAUGUCAACUUAGAUAACGAGAACACGACGUGUCCGGCAACUCUGGAGAACAAAUUACACGUGUGUCCCGGCUACAAGGUAAUGGAGUAUGAUAGAUUCAGGAUCCCAAGCAUGAUGCUGCAAAUUCAUUGUAAAUGUAACGGUUGCCUUGGCUCCCCGGACAAAGCCUGUGUGCGUAUGUUUUACUAUACCAGAGUUCUAAGGGUGACGGGGUGUAACAAAAAGGGAGUGUAUGUGUACGACUACUUCUGGGAGAAGGUUUCCAAUGGCUGUGUCUGCAUCAAAAAUGAUAGGCAGACGAUGCCCAGAGGUUGAGAAAGGAUCCAGUAUUGUGUUCGGAGAAUUUAUCAUUAUUUAUUGUGUUUUGUCUGCUUGAAUGCUCCUUUUUAUGGAUAUUUAAACGCAAACAUCUUCAUGAUGAGUAUAUAUCUUGUUGUAUGUGUAUGAUAUGUUAGAAAUAUUGCCAAUUAUUUAUGUUGUCUCAAAUACUCUAGUCAAUACCAUUAUCACAUUAUUAUCUAUCACACAAGAUUACCAAACUGUUAUUUCAACCAAUAUUAAAAGACGAAGGAAGGAAAAAAAAUAAUACUAAGUUUGCGUGUCUUUGCUCGGAUGGGUAAUUUAUAGUGAGUAUAAGAAUACAUGUAAUGCUGUUUAAAUUAUUGUAUUUUAUAAGUCUCACUAAAUUCCGUGAUACACGGUCGUUUAACGUUGUCUCUUCCUAUUUGUGUUUACACAUUGUCAUUUUAUGAACUGUAACAAAUUGUUUCAUUUGAUUCGAUAUCUUAAAUAUUUCUAAUCGAGUAGUGUAAAUUAAAGAAAACGUGUUUUGUAAAGUUCGAUUAUUUGACAGGAAGUGCACAUGUAGCGGAGAGAGAGAGAGAGAGAGAGAGAGAGAGAGAGAGAGAGAGAGAGAGAGAGAGAGAGAGAGAGAGAGAGAGAGAGAAUAUCAAUUUAAAAUCUAGUCUUUCAAUAAAAAGAUAUAUUUUUUUUUUAAAUAUACAUAUACAUUCCUUUUACCUCUAAGUACUGAGGAACUGGGACAUACUUUUUACAAACUGUCUCAAAUUCCUCUAAUCAAUACAAUUCUAUCAUAACCCAAUUCAUUUCCUUCACAGCCAGACGCAAUCUUAGGAAAGCGAUAAUCUCUACUGGCUAAUGAUCUAAAUGGAGUGACAUUAUGGUAUCGGGACUCAGGCAUGUACAAAUAGAGGACGUGAUCUAAGUCUUUGUUUGGUUAAAGAGACACUCCUCUUUUUUGUUUGUUUUAGCUUACAUAUUUUGGCAAGUUUUACAAAUAAAGUUACCCAUCACUUUAAUUGUCAUUAAGAAGGACAUUUGCUAAUAACAUAUUGAAAUUCCUAACGCUGUUGUGUAACAUUGUGAAUGGUCUUCCAGUUGAUCCAAUCCGUGCCUUUUAUUUACUUUUGUAAUCAUUGUAUUUUUAACGCAUUUAUUAUUAUGUUAUUAUUUGUAAUAAAAUUUGUAAUUUUGUUCAGAAUUUUUUGAUAAUUUACUUUUUAUGUAUGAUUUUAUUCUCUUACUGUGCAAUUUGUUUUUUUAGGUUGUAUUUAAAGCCGCUGAAU